CUAGAUUGCGCCAAACUCGAUUACAAAAUGAAUUACGCUGACUACAUUUUGCGCUUUCGUUUCAACGCUUCAUUGUUCUUUUACAGCAAGAGCUAAGAUUUCCAAUCAUCAUCAGCCAACACAUAUUCCUGAGUAACACCUGCUUCAGCUAAGCUCAAACCGAAAUACCGCCUUCGUCACAUCGUAAUCUCCGCUGCAGUGCUCACUAUGAAAUUCACAACAAAAAUUUAGCUCAAGCCAUAUGUAAAUCUCACACGAGUUGCCAUUCGUUGCGCUCAAGUCAUUGCGUCCAGUUCCAUAAUACAAGUAUACCAGAAUAGCAGCAAUUGUGCGGCUUCUCAAGUACAUAUCAAAAGCCAGGUAUUCCCCAGCAUCUUUCAAGUGUAACAAUCAACAUUGAGGGACUUGUUAGCGGAGAGAAAAUAAACAAAAGUUCAACUGAAAAUAAACAGAUAAGCAACGCGGUGCAGUGAACACAAGCGAGAGAGCUGAGUAAGAUUCAACGAUCCAUACUUAUUCACCGUACACUCUGCCGCUCAACAUGUACACGUACGCUGCGAAUCUACACACAGUCAUCUUCAUAGGCAGCAGCAUUUGGACGCUUCUAAGCUACGUUGUGACCGCACAACAGCCACUCCCACCCAUCGCCUGUCCGCAGUAUUUUCAGUAUGUGAGCGACGGCCUUACCUACUAUGGCUUGAUCACACUGCCGCAAGUGGCUGUGGGCACGGCAGAGGUGCGUGCGCACUUCUCGCAACGCGGGCUACCCACGUCGAGCUAUUAUGGCCGUAUCACUCCUCACCCCGAUGAGAUUACGGUCGUUCGUAAUGUUUUGAAUCGUCAACCAGCAACUUUUCGUGUGGACUUCGCGACUCCCAAUAAUCCGCCGAAACUAACCUACCUUUCACUGGAUGGCAAUGAAUUGUGCACCGGUUCUGAUUAUCCUCGACCAAAAACCUGGUCUAAACUUUCCUACCAACUCUACACCUUUUACACAGGUGGUAAUAGCUUAGCGGGUCCAAAUGUGCCUACCAGCCUCCAACCGGUUGAAUUAGGCCCGAGACCAAAUUAUCACACCACCACAACACAGUACCAAACCAAUCAACCGUUACAACCAACACACAACCAUCGGCCGCCAUACACACAAACUAUUUCAAAUCCCAGCCCAAAUGUGCCCUUAACGACGCCAAGUACCAAAUUUGAUACACCAACAGCCGAGCUCGCACAAACGACGCCAAAGCCCACAUUCAAUAUCAAUACAAAAACAAAUGUAGACACUUCGAGUGUGAAUCUGGAAGGGAUUUGUGGCAGAGAAGGCAGUGUUAUACGUGGCUUUGUGUAUGGUGGCAUUGAGGUGUUGCGUGGUCAGUUCCCUUGGCUUACAGCGAUUUAUAGAAAGGACACGGAUGCUUUGAAUUUUAUAUGUGGAGGCUCGUUGAUUUCUCGGCGUACCGUUAUUUCGGCCGCACACUGCUUCAAACGGCUGCAGUCGACACAAAUUGUACUUUUUCUCGGUCGACACGAUCUUGACAGCUACAGCGAGGAGGGUGUUGUGGCGCGCGAUGUCAAUAAAAUGAUUAUACACCCAGAUUACGCCAAUGACAAGCCGAAUGCCGAUAUAGCGCUGUUGGAAAUUGAAGCGUUAGAAACUUUCUCCGAGUACAUAAAACCGAUUUGCUUGUGGAGUGAAGUUGUUGAGAAUUCACUUAUUGUCGGCAAGACUGCCACUGUUGUCGGUUGGGGCUAUGAGGGCGAGAAGAAUAAGGAUAUAUCGCCUUUACCCAAAAUGGUCGAUGUCAAUAUUGUGAGCAAAGACGAUUGCCUCCGUUCGUCUGCUGCAUUUCAACCACUCAUCACCGAUUAUACGAUUUGUGCCGGUAACCGUGACGGUACCGGUCCUUGUAUGGGCGAUUCCGGUGGUGCGCUGAUGAUGCAGCGCAACGGUCGUUGGGUGUUACGUGGUAUUGUAUCUGUAGGUCAAUCAUCGCGGCAGCGCUGUAAUUUAUAUGAGUAUGUAGUCUAUUGUGAUGCCGCGAAGUAUAUGAGUUGGGUGAUGCAGAAUCUCUUGGAAUAGAAGUUCAUAAUUUUUUACCACAUUUUCUAAUAAAGUUCU